AUGAACAAUAUUCGGGCCUUGCUGGACUCGAUACAAUCUGGAGUUCAGACCGUUUCUCCAGAAAAGCACCAACAGACGAUUGCCGCGAUCAACAAAUUUCAAGAUGAUCCUGCACUUCUAGACACCAUACUACCGAGAUGCGUGCCUCUUUUGACCAAGUCGUUCUUUUGUAUGUCACAGCGUGAUCAGAAACUUGUUGCGGAGCUUUUCUACAAUCUUGACAAGAUCUCCCACUCAAAAGUCCUUAAAUCAUUAGAUACAAGUAUUUUUAGAUUAAACGAAAUUUUAAACUAUUUACAAGAUCGAGCCUCGCCCUCUUCUUUCAGCGAUGUCUUGUGCGUCUAUCUAAACCUUUCUUGGCUAAGCGUCAUUCUGCUUUCACCUUACGCAUUCAAAGAUAAAUUCAACAAAACGCUUCAAGUAUCUUCCAGGUUCGAGAACUACCCCAUUUGCAUACCUCCAAUUAACAAGAUCAAAGCCGUUUUAUAUUUCAAAAACUUCACAGAUGCCUUUGACCAGCUACCGGAACGGGAACAGGCAAAUGUGCCGUUUCUCAACCAAUUUUUAAAGCUGUUUAUUCAGUCUUCGGAAAAGGCAAACUACUACUUCUCCAAUGAAAAUCUAAGACACUUACAACAAGUUGCACUGUCCAAUGACGGAAUAAAGCUGCUGCCAAAAUUAUUCCAGAUUUCGUUCAAUCAUGGCUCUCAUGAUAUCCUAGAUGCUAUAGUAGAAUUCUUCCAUGACCAUUUAAGUUCGAAUUCCACAGACACAAGAUUCCAAUUGGCACACUCCUUCGCUAAAAUUGCCAAGUUCCUGCACCAGGCAGAUCCAGCAUCUUUUAUCGAGCUCAUUGAUUAUACCAUCGAAAAUACGGUUUCCCUAUUACAGGCUCCUUGCGAUUCUAUCGAUAGCAAUGAGCUGCACACUUCCCUUCUGAUCAUCGCCGAGGUGGCUCUGGCCAAAAUUCUGCCUAUAGAUCUAGUCGACCGCGUAUUGACUCUGAUCAUCCCUAAAACAUGUCAUUUUCAGAAAUCUCACUUUCAAAUCAUCAAGGGCCACCAUAUCAGGGACUCGACAAACUUCAUUAUCUGGUCAGUAAUAAGGUCAAACCGUAGCAAUAGUUUAUCGCCGCAGGUUCUACAAUCACUACUUUCUCAUCUGUUAAUAAACGCCUUUUUUGACCCCGAAUUAAUAAUCAGAUACUCGAGUUUUGCCGCGCUCCAAGAAUUAUUGGGCAGGUCCAACAAAUCUCUUGCGCUAAAUCAAAAUGACAUUGCUUUGAUAUUGCAAGCAAAUUGGAAGGAUCUACCGAGGUCUUUCGAGGAGAACUCUGGUCUAAUUCGUAGGCUGUUCAACCCCGAAAACACCUCCAAAAGUGCUGUUUGCGUAUGGAAGGUAUUCCGCGAUUGGUCCUUCAAUUGGAAUUUACUAGAGAAUUUACAUUUGACCACAAUGAAACUCAACAUAGAUUAUAACCUAGUUCCAUUAAUCAAGUCGAAAUUAUCUUCACCCGCUUUAUUGCAAGAGGUAUUAAACAAGGCUGGCAGCUCAGUUACACAAAAUUGUCAAAUUUUGUACUUGUACUUGAAACUAUUCGAAAAUGACGUAAAUUGCCCGAAAAUAAGCGAGAUUUGUAUCGACAUUUACCAGAAAAAGAUAAAAUUCCAAUUAACUACUCAAGCGAAAAGACAAUUUAACGAUAAUUCGCCCGAACUGUUUCAAAUUUUUGUCAUUUUGAAAUACUGGCAAUUAACAGGACAAAAUGAUUUCAAUCAGGAAUUGUUUUGGAAAUUUGUAGACAUAGUAUCCCCACAAAAGAAGUUAAAUCUGUACAACGAAUUCAUCCCUAUAAUACAGCAAAUAAUAUCUCAAUGCGUUAGCCUAAACUACACAAGGAUUGUUCAAUUAAUUAAAUCAGAUAACGAACUGACUUGCCGAUCAAUAUGUCAUAUGCCCGAUCAAGAAAAGAUGUGUUCCCUUUUCUUCUCCCAGUUCCCCCUAUUGUCACCUCAAUCCAGAUCGCUUUUGAUAGGCGAACUUGAUCAUCAUUGGGAUGUUAGAAUAAGCUUACUCCCGUCGAAUUCGUAUCGAAAAUUUCGCAACAUCAUUAUCAACUGUCUCGAUGAUUAUACAAUAACUCAACAGGGUGAUGUAGGACGUCUGGUAAGAAUACAGGCUUUAAAACUUAUGCAAUCCCAUCCCGAUUUCUUAUCUGGUGAUUGCGACUCCAUCAAUCCAAAAUUAACGAGAUUGCUGGCGGAACCUGUACCAGAGAUCAGAAAACUAAGUUAUCAAUUACUUGCUUCGGCCACAUCACAAAUCACUGUGUUAUCUGACUCUUCGAUACUCAAUUUCCGUCACAAGCAAGGUUUAAGUGAAGAAUUCUGGAAAGGAUAUGCAGUGAGCGCUGGAGCAAUACAUUUUACAGAUUCUCAGCUUACUUCAUCAAUAGAUUCAUUUAUCGUAUACUACAGAUCUUUGUCUCCUUCACAACAGCUGGAAUUAUGCCACGAUUUAAUCAGAAUAAUUCCAAGCGCUAAACAAAUCGCUGAAUCAAGAAUACGCGAUCGUAACAAGGAUCCAUUAACAGGAGGUAUGAGAUUUGACACCAUCAAAUUCACCAUUCAUUGUGUAAAAUUUUGGACUAGAAUCAUGGAAUCUGGGUUGGUUGUUCUACAUCCAAAUUUUAAUUUUCAGGGUGUUUUCGCCAAGUUCUAUAACCUACAUUUAUUAGAUUGUACGACAUUGAGAGUAAGCGUGAUCAAAUUCUUCCCGUUCUUGGCAAUAUCUUGUUACCACACAAUGAGAGAAAAUGCUGACCAGAAGAAUCUAUCCAACAUAAUACUGAAAAGGUUGUUGGUUCUUGUGAAACGUGAAUACGCCGCAACAAAAUCAAAAUUUAUGACUGAUCAAAAUGUCGCUUUACAAGGUAUGUUCCAGAUAUUUUUGGAAUUAGGUGUCACCAGGCAACUCCAAGCUCUACAAGUGGCCUGCCAGAAACAUGAAUUGGCGAAUAUAUUAGAGUCUGAUAUCACUUUAUAG